AUGGCCUUCAAGAAUGUUUUAGAUCGAACACAUAUAAUACAGGAAGAUCAAGGUUCCUUAAUUCUGGACGGUCGUAAUACUCCACAAAAUAUAUCAGUUUACAGCUUUGUUCUUGGUGCCAUCUUUUCUGCUUCCGUUUCUGUUGGCUGGUACUCAGAAACGUUUUCUCAACUUGGAGUUUUCUUGGCCGCCUUAGCUUUAUUUCAUGAGCUGGAAUACCUCUUUACGGCUUUGUUUAAUUCAAAUAUAUUAUCAUUGGAUUCUUUUUUAAUUAACAAUGGUCAUCAAUAUCAUAUUGCACACGGUGCUGCUAUAAUCGAAUUUUUAAUAGAAUCAUAUCUAUUUCCUAAUUAUAAAAGCAUAAAACUAUUUUAUUUCAUAGCUACAGUAGUAGGCCAGUUUGCUAGAAGUUGUGCGAUGUGGCAUGCCAAGCAUAAUUUCACUCAUACGAUUCAAUAUCAUAAACGAAAAGAACAUGUUCUCGUGACUACAGGAAUUUAUGCGUAUUUGAGACAUCCAUCAUAUUUUGGAUUCUACUAUUGGGCGGCUGGUAGCCAACUCUUACUUUGUAACCCAAUAUGUUUCAUAGGAUUUCUCGUCGUCAUGAAUAAAUUCUUUAGUGAACGUAUUCGUGAAGAAGAACGUCUUCUUAUCAAGUUUUUUGGAAAUGAAUACGUUGAAUAUCAAAAGAGAACUUUUACCUGGAUUCCUUUGAUUAAAUAA